CUGCUGGUUUAAUUUUCUUAGAAAUCUACAAAAUUUAUUCAUGAAUUUAGUGUUUGAUGAGUGGAUAUAUGAUAGAAUUAUGGUGUCUCCAAAGGGGUCUCAGUUUCCACCUCUGGCUACACAAGGGUCUGUUUACAAUCUCACAUUUGAUGAGGUUCAGAGCCAGCUGGGUAACAUAGGAAAGCCUUUGAACUCCAUGAAUUUGAAUGAGUUAGUCAAAAAUAUGGUUUCGGUUGAUGAAGGUAAUCAUCAUCAUCAGCUCCCGCAAAACCCUUCUUCUUCUUCUUCAUCAUCGUCUCCACCCGCUUCAUGCUUGCUUGGAAAUUUUAAUUUGAAUGGAAGAUUGAGCAAGAAAACCGUUGAUGAAGUUUGGAAAGAAAUUGUCCACCAUGACCAACAUGUCAAUAACGAAGUGGAUAAUCAUUAUAAUAAUAAUAACCAGACGGUGCAACAAAUGAUGACUCUUGGAGAAACAACACUAGAAGAUUUUCUACUGCGUGCUGGUGUUAUUAAUCAUCCUCAGCAGCCACUUAUGGCAUUUGAUCCGAUGGUUGUGAUGUCGACACAGCAGACUGAUUGGUUGCAUUUCCAAAUGCAUCAGCAGCAACAACAAAUGAGUGUGAUGGAUGCAGAUUUUAAUGUUUCUGAAUCGGCUUACGAGAACCCUUCAGUUGUGGAUAUAGGAUACUCAGAGAAUCAUCAUCAAAUGGCCAUGAGUAUGACAAUGCCUGUAGCUGCAAUACCAGCGACGCCUUCGGAUUCUAAAAUGGCGGGCGAGAAGAAGCGAGGGUAUUCGGAUGAGAUGAUGGAAAAGACCAUUGAGAGGAGACAGAAGAGAAUGAUCAAGAACCGCGAGUCAGCCGCAAGGUCAAGAGCAAGGAAACAGGCAUACACCAAUCAGUUGGAGCUUGAAGUGUUUCAGUUGAGGAAAACAAAUAGUUGGCUCAAAAAGCAAAAGGAAGUGGAGAUGCUCUUGUCGUCGCACCCGACGUCCAUGCCCAAGUAUCAAUUGCGACGUACCAGCUCAAUUUAAUUCUAGAAUCUGUUCAUAUUUGCACUUACAGUUUUUAUCUAAUUAGAAUUUAUUUUGUUUAUUCAUUCGGUAGAUGAGCAAAAAAUUUUGACAUGAGUUUUGAGCUUUUAUUUUAUAUUCUUUU